AUGCACCUAGAGCAGAUGGGUACACUACACAAGACCAUGUCGGAACUUGUGGACGACGUUUCCCCGAAAUUGGAAGAGAUUGCGGAUGAGGUGGAGAAGUCGUUAGAAAGGAUUGAAACUCGAGAACGGACGUUGAAUCAGCAAUUGGGCGUUUGGAUGUCUCGCUAUAAGGAAUCUCAAGACGCGAGAGCAGAAGUCCGAGAGAGAUAC